GUAUGGUUGCCAACUUGAAAAUUUACGAUGAAGUUUUGGCACUUUCUCCCUUUGAUUACUUGUCAUAUUUCCAUAAGCGACCAAAAAAAAAAAUAAUUAUGCUGUUUGUGAAAGAGAAACCUGCAGUGAACUAACUGCAGGUGAAAUGGCCCCCAUCAGUCUUAAGGCAUGUAGAAAUGUUGAAAUGCUUGACUUCUGUGACCUCUCUUGAGGGUCAGCGGGAGGAGUCUGGGUUUUGAACAGCUGCAGUCCGGUUCACUGAGAACCCAAUGAUUUCAUCUCACUACACACACACACACAGAUGUUGUGUGUAGGGCAGAUGUUUCUCUCUCGCUGCCAGAGACACAGACAUCUGCCACAUCUGCCUUUCACCCAGACAUUCUGUCCUUCUUGUCCAGCCUUAUUUCGUAUCACAUUUAUUAUUUUUCUUGCUUGAGGUGCUGUUGUCUAUAGUGUAGUGUCAAUACGAAAUUUACAACUUGUCCCAGCGCUGUAAUACGAAAGUACUGACUGCAUCUUUUUUUUUUUCAAUUUUCUUGGUCUCUUUUUCACUUUAUUAUUAUUCAUUUUAUGUCUCUUCUAGCUUAAUUCUCACAUGUCAUCUUCACUCUCUUUCUCAUUAUCUCUUUCUCACUCUUUCUGUCCCAUUUGUAUUCAUCGUGUCCCCUGUUCGUGUUCUGAGCCCUUCUGUCACUCUGAUUGGCUGUGAUGAUCUGUCAUAUGGCCCUCUGAUGUGCGUUGGUGUUUACAAACAGGCGUGGAGGACAGUGGGAUAGUGUCAGUCAGCUGAUCACAGUCUGUUCUGCUAGAAAGAAGUUCUCCUGUCCUUAAACCACAGAUGCUUUGGAAGUUACACUUGACCCUUCAGAAUUACACUGCUGUCCUUAAUGUGAAGAUUUAGGUGAGGCACAGAGUCAACCAUUGUUUUGCUGAGCACACUGACCACAUUUAAAGGAGAAGAGAAGUGGAAGAGAGGAGAAAAGAAGAGAAAGAGAGGGUGGCCUGCCUAAUGGCAGAGAGCUGGAUGUCCCAGUGAGGUCAGGUUGGACGGAAGGUCAUGGGGUCAUUUACGCUGGGGAAAGCUGCUUCUCUGGAGCUACUGCUGGAAGCAUGCAUUCGUGCGUUUGAUGAUGAUGGAGAGCUGCAUGAAAAUCAGCUUCCCCGAACCCUUCUGCUGAUGCAUCGCUGGUAUGUGUCCUCCACCGAGCUUGCUGGGAAGCUUCUGAUUAUGUAUCGUGACUGUCGGGGAGAUGACUGCCAGCAGACACGACUGAAGAUCUGCUAUUUAAUGAGGUACUGGAUAGCUGAAUUCCCUGCAGAGUUUGAUCUGGAUCUGGGUUUGAUCCGUCUUACAGAAGAAUUUCGAGAUGCAGCCGCUCAGCUGGGUGGUGACGAGCACAUUAAACUACUUGACAUUUCUACAAUCCCCUCAUAUGACUGGAUGCGUAAACUGACUCAGCGAAAGAAACAGGUGAAGAAGGGUAAAGCGUCACUGCUGUUUGAUCAUCUGGAACCCAUUGAGUUGGCCGAACACCUCACCUUCUUAGAGUACAAGUCCAUCAGGAGGAUAUCGUUCACAGAUUACCAGAGUUACGUAAUUCAUGGCUGUCUAGUGGAUAACCCCACAUUAGAGCGCUCUAUUGCACUGUUUAAUGGGAUCUCCCAGUGGGUUCAACUGAUGGUUCUCAGUAAACUCACCCCUCAGCACAGAGCAGAGGUCAUCAACAAAUACAUCCAUGUCGCACAGAAACUGCUCCACCUGCAGAACUUUAAUACACUGAUGGCUGUGGUCGGGGGUCUGAGUCAUAGCUCUAUUUCCCGGUUGAAGGAAACUCAUUCUCACCUCAGCCCAGAGGUCACCAAGAUCUGGAAUGAAAUGACAGAGCUGGUUUCGUCAAAAGGCAAUUACUGUGCUUACCGCAAAGCAUUCAGUGAAAGCGAAGGGUUUAAGAUCCCAAUCCUAGGUGUUCACCUGAAGGACCUGAUCGCCGUGCACGUGGUCUUCCCGGACUUGGUGGAGGAUGGGAAAGUGAACAUUGUGAAGAUGCAGCAGCUGUAUCUUACCUUUAAUGAGCUGGUGUCCCUGCAGAGCGCUGUGGCUCAGGUGGAGCCCAACAUGGACCUGAUCUACCUGCUCACUCUGUCCUUGGAUCUGUACUACACAGAGGAUGAAAUAUAUGAGCUGUCCCUGCUUAGAGAACCCCGUAACCCUAAAUCUCAGCCCACGUCACCCACAACACCCAACAAACCUCUGGCUCCACUUGACUGGGCCUCUGGGGUCACCACCAAACCAGAUCCCUCAGUGGUCAACAAACACAUCAGGAAAGUUGUGGAUUCUGUCUUUCGUAACUAUGACCAUGACCAUGACGGAUACAUAUCUCAGGAAGACUUUGAGAGCAUCGCUGCAAAUUUCCCUUUCCUCGAUUCCUUCUGCGUGCUUGAUAAAGACCAGGAUGGAUUGAUCAGUAAGGAUGAGAUGAUGGCGUAUUUCCUGCGUGCCAACCCGCUGCUUCAGUGUAAGAUGGGACCUGGAUUUAUUCACAACUUCCAGGAGAUGACUUACCUAAAGCCAACAUUUUGUGAACACUGCGCUGGAUUUCUCUGGGGAAUUAUUAAACAAGGAUACAAGUGCAAAGACUGUGGUGUGAACUGCCAUAAACAGUGUCGAGAGCUACUGGUUUUGGCGUGUCGACGUCUCCCUCGGUCCACAUCACUGGGCAAUGUGUCUCCUGGAGUGCUCACACACAGCUCUUUACCCAGCAGCCCCAAUCUGCCCACCUGUAAAGAUGAUGAUGAUGAGGUGUUUACGUUCCCUGCUGUGUCGCCAUCGUCAGGCUCUGACCUGGAAGGAAAAUCCAUCACCCUGAUGACCGGUUCAGCUCAGCGCAUCUCAGUGCGGCUCCAGAGAGCCACCACCAGUCAGGCCACGCAGACAGAACCCCUGUGGUCCGAAAAUGGCUGGGUGGCCAUUGCAGACAGCGGGUCACACACCUUCCCCAAGAUGAGGUACAGGCCACACCGCAAAGCAUCCAAGAGCAAAGGCUUUGCUCGCUGGGAGAACGACACACAGAGUUCGGCAGCGAUGAGGAACAGCAGGAGCUCACAUGAACACAGUGAAGAUUCACAGCAGAAUGGACUCGCAGAACAACAUAUGAACAAAUCUAGGACCUCUGAGAUCAGCUGACUUGACUGCUCUGUGGGCCCAUGCAGGACACCCUGGAGCCUGUCAGGACCACGGCCCAGAGGGCUGUCCGCUCUUGGGGGCAUGCUGGGGUGUCUCAUGCCUCCAGUGGAUCAGGAAUAGGGCCACUAUUUCUACAGCCACAGUAAAAGAGGUGCAGCAGGCAACCCGCUGACUGAACUGGGGGAAGGGUUGCAUCAAAGGAAAGGUCUUGGACUAAGCAGAGAGUGACUGCACUGUGCUGUCCUGUAACAGACAGGUUGGAAACCUAAAAGAAUCACUGGAAGCUGACAAGACGGAUACAUCAGCGUGAUAAUAGAUGUGUGAGCAAGAGUAUUCAAGGUAUGCUGUUGACGUGUUUUCGACGCACACUCUGAUUUUCGUUCUUUAAAAACACUACUCAGAAAGGACACACUGGAUGUGAAGGUUAUAUUCAGGCUGUCUGAAGUCGUAAGUGGAACUGGCACAUGUAACGGAGGGAAAGAUUAAUAUGAACGCAUGUAUGAUAGAACAUUAAAACACUAACUUCAUUUAUGUGUUACCCAGCAACACAUUAUAAUUGUGGAAUAAGUGGAAUAAGUGGAAGGUACUUCGAGUUUUAAAACCCUUUACCCCAAAUAUAAUUAUAAAAACCACCUACACUCUUUCAAAGAUUAUUUCUCACAUGUUUUGCACCGUAGUUGUGUCUCCUGUGCUUGAGAAAAGACAGACAAGAGUCCAUGAAGAAACAUCUGACCUUAUGCAUCAUUACAUCAACAGUGCUUAGCAACAUUGAUAGCUAUGUAAGAUCAAAAUUAUCUUUAUAUAUAUAUAUAUAUAUAUAUAUAUAUAUAUAUAUAUAUAUAUAUAUAUAUAUAUAUGAAUUCAAAGACUUCAAUUCUGCCGACCCAGGUGUGCCAUCGACCAGGUGUUUAUAUGGCCUCUGUUGCUAAGCACCAGAUGAGUCCAUCGAUAGUCUGUCGCCAAGACAACACAGUGUCCUCCAGCACCAUACUGUAUGUUCUGAAAUAAGUUGGACACCCAAACAUCUCCGCUCAGUUAGAGCCCAACAGGCUCAGAUGGGACAAGCCUCAUACGAUCAUUUUUGCAGACUGUGUGUGUGUGUGUGUGUUUGUGAGUGAGUGUGUGUGUGUGUGAGAGAGAGAGAGAGAAACCACACAGGUGGAUCAACAGAUCAUCUAAGACAAACAGUGAUUAUGGUGGGUCUUUGAGCCUAUAGGAUUAGAUGCUCUUCUGGCACCACAAUUGCAGAUUUAAAGAGACAGUUGCCCAAAGAAUGAACAUUCUGUCAUUAUUUACUCAUGGCUUUCGUAGCUAAAAUGAGUUUAUUUGUUGUAUUUAUUGUGGAAAACAAAAGGAUUUUCAUACAAUGAAAGUGAAUGGUGACCAUGUCUGUUAGGCAAGAUUUUCAGUGAAUAUCAGUUUAAAUUUUAAUUUAUUACUCUCAAAAAAAUCUAGUGAAGGCUUAUGAAGACGGCUUUGACAAAAAAAUUUGUCUUGUUGUUGGUUCCCAUUCACUUUCAUUGUAUGGAAGAAAGCAUCUUAAAAGAAGUCUUCACAAAAGAAAGUCAUAUGAUUUGAAACAACAUGCUAGGAAUUAAAUGAUUACAGAAUUAAUGUUAGAUGCCAGUGGCUCAUGUUAAUGAUAUCCUGAAGCAGUUGAGAACCAUAUCUGUCAUCUGAAGCCUUGAUGUGUAGUGCUGAAAGCACUUACCUGUUGCCAGAAUCAGAUUAUUAUUCUAAUGCUGUGCUAAUGAUUCUGCUCUCAUCUGUUUAUGGCUGAUUAAAGGAGGCAUGUGUAUCUGUAGUGCUAGUUAGCAUUCAAAUUGUCAGAGAUCAGAAGAGAGGUGUUAAAGGCAUAUGCUAAAUUUAAUAUUUUGCUUUGAUGCAGCAUAUCAAGCAUACUACUGAAAGAGAUAGUUCACCCAAAAAAUAUGAUUCUGUCAUUGUUUAAUCACCUUACAGCAACAUUUUGAGAAUUUUUUUUUUCUUUUUUCAUACAAUGAAAGUCAAUGGAUACCAAGACUGUUUGGAUGCCAACAUCCUUCAAAAUAUAAUCUAUUACUUUUUUUUUAUUAUUUGCUUUUUUCUAAAUCAGAUUUUUGGCUUAACUAUCCCUUUAAAGUUAAACAUUUAAGCAUGACUUUCAGAGCCUUAAAGUAGCCGAACCUCCUGUUGGAUAUUUCUAAUACAUCUGUUGUCUUUCACUUAUUGAUAAGUGAGAAUUACUGCAAAAGCGUUGUUAUGAUCAUUCAAGCGCACGUUAUUUGACUUAUGAGCAGCAGCUGCCAUAUUAACACAUUUUCUUGUGCAAACAUCUUUACGUAAUAUAAGGUUUGCGAAAUCAAGAGAUGUAUAUUGAAAAACUGAUGACUCUUGCCACUUCUGGGCCAUCGGUUGAUAUGGCCAAUAAUUAAUGCUGUAAAAUGAUCAACCUUGUCAUUGCUGUAUUGAUUAUAGUCUUAUGAAUGUUUCUGGUUGAUGCCAGGUCUACAUGAGGAAAAGGUGUACAUUUACUACAUUUUGAACAUCAACAUACAUGUCUUAUUUCCAAGGUUUUCACUGCACAUUUUUUUCCUAACAAAAUUUCUGAGCUUCACUAUAUAAAAAAAAUAGAGCAUUCUAAUUAUUGUUAGGAUUUUCCAAUGCUGAAAUAAGGUUGUGUGCAGUGAGCAGGUCAUCUCAGCAUCUCAGGGUUGCCAGUGAAAAUAAGCUUGACCCAUAAAACCGAUUAUUAAACAACAAGGGACUUUUACCAUCUUGGACUGGAAUAUUUGUAGACCAUUUAUGUAACUUUAGCUUGAAAACACAUAAAAGUAUUAUAUUAAAAGUAUUUAUAGUGUAUUUUUGAAGACAAAAUAUCUGGAAAUAGAUAUGAACUGUUUUAACUAGAAGCAGCGUAUUAAUUGAAUACAUAUGUAGAAAUGUUUUAUGAUUCCUUCAUUGCACUCUUAUAAUUCACUUGUUCAUGGAAACCAUCAAUAACACUACCUUAUAACAGACUAAUCCAAACUUUUUUUGGCUUUAAAAAAUUCUAGUUUGUGUUGAUGACUGGUUUAAAACUGUGAUUAAGUGACGUUGAAUGUUAAGAAAUGUUUAGGAUUUGCCACAUUUUACAAUAGAAAACAAAAAUAAGUUGCUGUCUAUCGCCCUCAUGUGGCCACUGUAUUUCUAAGCAUGUCACGAUCACACUGCAUCAUAGGAAUCUGCAUAAUUUCUGUAGAAUUCUUGUAUUUAAUUUAGUUCUUUUUGUCACUGUAAUUGCUGAUAUUUUAUUGCCAGUAAAGUAAUGCAAGAAAAUGAAAGAAAUUGUCAUAAUUUGAAAAUAAUCAGUUUUCUGUGAUUAAAAAUUGUUAAUAAAAUAAAAUACACCAAGACAGUGAGCUCU